AACGAUGGACGGAUCAGGGACAGUUUUGCCCCUGCAAGAAUUCAUCGCAUCCCUGGAUUGUGCUUCACUGCCUCGGAUUCUACAAGUCUGCUCGGGGGUCUACUUUCAAGGGUCAGUGUACGAACUGUCAGGGAGUGAGGUAUGCCUAUCCACUGGGGACCUUAUCAAGGUUAUUGGCCUGAAGCUCUUGUCAGGGAGCUGUGUUGACAUUGCUACCAAUAGCACAUGCGAACUUUCGGUUGACCACAAAGGCCUGUUUAAGAUGGUGGCAGAAGAUAUGCCGUACGACUCGCUGGAGGAGAUGGUAAGCCUGUUGCCUGUGGGGGUGGAUACUGUAGGCUCCUUCUCCUUCAUCAGCCGCUCUGAUCUGACUAUCGACAACUUCACUGUGCCGGCGGGCCAGGAGCUGACCUUGCUGUCGUCUGAGCAGGGCUGUGCCCGUUGCCAGUUGACUGGGCCAGAGGGGUCGACAGCCGAGGUGCGCAUCUCCCUGAAUCACUGCGGCGCAUUUUACGAGUGCCAGAGCGAGCACGGCUACUCCCUGGAGGAGAUCUUGUCGUCCACACGGCUCCGGAGUCGCCGCUUCCGCAGCCUCAAAGCCAAGGCCUGCGGAGGCCCACUGGUUCUCACACCCAUCUAUCAGAUUGAGGCCAUCAUGCACAUGAGGAAAAACAUCGUGAACUUCCCUUCGAGCCUGGAGGUAGACGUUGUCGACGUUACCAACGAGUGCAAGAACGUGGAGUUUGUCAAACCUCUCAAUCUGAUAGAGUUGAGUGUCCAGCCACCGGACGCCUUCCCCACUGUGGCCGAGAUCCUGGAGUCUCCAGAGGGAUCGCGUCACUUCUUCAGCAGCACCUGGCACACACAGCUCAAUAAAGGCCAGAGGCUGGUGCUGCACGGCUGCGGUCAGACCAACAUGGUCCUGGCCUCCACGCCCAAGGGUCGCAAGGCACAGCAGUACUUCCUCAUCUGGGGCAGUUAUGGCGGGCGCCUGCGGCGCAAGGCCCGGGAGUUUUGCUCGGUGUACGAGCUGUACGUGGCCUCGUGCAGAGCGGUCGACGGGCUGCGGGUGAGUGUCACGCGGAACUGCGAGGCGGUGGAGGAGGAGGGCCUGCCCGAGCUGGACAUUGGGGACCAGUUGGACGUGUUGAGGUGUGAGCAAGUGGAGCUGGCUGGGGUAGGGGGGGACAAACAGAGGGUGGAGGCGCUCGUGUGUAGGCGCACAGCAGAGGAAGAUGAUGACGACGAUGAUGAUGAUGAGGAGGAAGGAGAUGGGGAAAGAGAGGGGAAGUGGAGCAGAGAGGACACUAUCUGUUUGCCGCUCUAUAUGGGCGCCCAGUUUAUGGAGGUCAUCACGGACAAGAAGAAGUACACCCUGACUGAGCUCGGGAAAGAGUCCUUGCUGCCACUGGACAUCAAGGUGGCCACGCGGGAUCCUGACCUGGAGAAGGACCCUCUGUCCGGGCUGCCGGCCCUGAGGCUGGAGGAGGCGUCGGUUGAGCCCACCGUCCUUGCCAGCCUGCUGGACAAACCGCAGCGCUGUUUCCAGCUGCCCACGCAGUGGCUGCACAUGUCCGUGUCCUUCACUUCUGAGGCCCUGCCCUGGCCCAAGGGCCAGCCUCCAAAACUCUACCAGGAGACGGUCACAGAAGUUAAGGAGCAUUUCUACUACGAGUUCCGUAAACUCACCAGCAUAGAGGCAGCCCCGCCACCCCGGCCGCCCAAGAGGAAGAUGUCAGUGGGGAAGCCAAAGAAGCCGGCCAAAUCGGACAUGUCCAGGCCUGCUACCCCAGCAAAGAGUAGGAGUCUGUCCAGUAGCUUCUGCCAACUAUCAGUGGACAGUGAGAAGCAGGAAAGAAGUCCUGCCCCACCGCCACCUACGAGCACUGAAGAUGCACCGCCAGUGCUUCCUAGAAAACCCGGCUCAAAGACAGGAAGUACACUGGUGCCAAAUACUUAUGUGGAGAGGCCCCAGAAAAAGUCAAAGGCCAAAGUCACAGAGAGGCACAAUUCAGACAGCGAACAUGACUAUGAGAGCAUGGAGGAGAUGGUGCGAAAUGCUCAGGAGAGCGUCUUGUACUACUGACUUACGAGAAGUACCAGCCAAUCAGUUGCUUCGGUCUGCUAAGACAACCUCAAGGGUUCCUGUGUGUGUGUGUGUGUGUGUGUGUGUGUGUGU